GCCCGGCCCGGCCCGCACCAUGGCCAAGCACCACCGCACGCCGGCGCGCUCCGCCGAGCCCGUUAUCGAGGUCAAGAGCAAGUUCGACGCUGAAUUUCGCCGCUUUGCCAUGAAGCGCUCCAGCGCCGGCAGCUUCCAGGACUUCUACCAGCUGCUGCAGACCGUGCACCAGAUCCCGCGGGUGGAUGUGCUCCUGGGCUACACAGACAUCCAUGGCGACCUGCUGCCCAUCAACAACGACGACAACUACCACAAAGCCCUGUCCUCUGCCAACCCCCUCCUCAGGGUCAUCAUCCAGAAGAAGGCAGAGUCCGACGCCGGCGUCUUCGCCUCCAACUCCUUGCAGCGGAAGAAGAAAGGGCUGCUGCGCCCGGCGCACUACCGGGCCAAGCCUCACCUCCUCAUCGGGAUGCCCCAGGACUUCCGCCAGAUCUCCUCCAUCAUCGACGUGGACAUCCUGCCCGAGACGCACCGGCGCGUGCGGCUCCACAAGCACGGCUCCGACAAGCCGCUGGGCUUCUACAUCCGCGACGGCGUCAGCGUGCGCGUGGCCCCGCAGGGCGUCGAGAAGGUGCCCGGCAUCUUCAUCUCCCGCCUGGUGAAGGGCGGCUUGGCUGAGAGCACGGGGCUGCUGGCCGUGAGCGACGAGAUCCUGGAGGUGAACGGCAUCGACGUGGCCGGCAAGUCCCUGGACCAAGUGACGGACAUGAUGGUGGCCAACAGCCACAACCUCAUCAUCACCGUCAAGCCGGCCAACCAGCGCAACAACGUCAUCCGCAGCAGCAAGGCCUCGGGCAGCUCCGGCGUGUCCACGGACAGCACCCCCAGCCAGCAGACCCCCAGCCCGGCCUCGCAGUACCUGAGCAACUACAGCACGGCCGAGAGCGACGAGGAGGGCGACCUGGUCAUCGAGAGCGACAGCGCGUCCCACUACAUCCCUGGCGGCUGCCCCAACGGGGGCCCCGCGGACGGACCCCUCCGGCGGAGCCUGUCCCCGCACAGCUCGCGGGGCUCCCUGCAGUCCCUCGGCAGCCACGACGGCAGCCCUGGCAGGGGCAGCGGGCGGGAGGAUGGCACCCUCCUCACCCUAUAGCUGCGGGGGCCGGCCGGGUUUCCGCUCGUCCGGGCCGGAUGUGGACGCCGGGGUGAGGAUGCGGCCAGCGGGCAGGGCUGGACAGGGGCUGCCCGCUGCCCUCUCCCACCCCCCGGGAGCCCGGGAGCCCCACUGUGGCACCCACUCAAGCCGGGCACUGCCUCUCUGAGCCCCCUCGCCUCCCCUUCCAAGCAAGCGGGGGUUUUUAAUUGUUUUAUUGAAAUAUGCAUCAUUAAUAUAUUGCAAUGGACAGUAAAACGUUUUUCUAGAAAGCACCGUGCUGGUCCCUGGUUGAUGUCACUGCAGGGAGGAGGGGGACAGAGGGAGGGUACCCAGCGCUGUGCACUGAAGGCUGUACCUGGGGGCGGUGGCCUUGACUUUAACACCCCUUGUGAGUUUGCUGCUGUGCUGGGUGACCCCACUGAGACCCAUCGUGCCUGUCCCAGGACUCAUGUCUAGGCUGUUUUGGGCAGCCACCUGGCCUGAUGCAGCCAGACUUGCUUGGCCCCCUCGUUCCCACCUUGUCCCCACUACAGGGCCCUCACUAAUGCUGGGGACACCUGGACUGGCAGCAGCACCUUGGCUGUCACUCAGCCCUGCAAACGCUGCUGGGGAUAGUGCAGCCCCAUCCUCCUUCU